AUGGAUGCGGCGUUUAUCCGUACGCGCGAUUGCCAGACCUGGCUGAAAUGGCUGAAAGCGAAAUACGACGGCGUUGGCCGAAUACCAGGCCGCGAGGAUUUUGAUGUCUUGCUGGGACACUGUCAGGCCGUGUGCGAUAUGCCAGCUGCGUACUUUGCGGAGGAGCUUAUCCAAGCGUACCCGGAUGUAAAAGUGAUCCUCACUAUUCGAGACGUGGACAAGUGGCAUCAAUCCGUUACCAGAACCCUUGAAGUCGUCGACAAUAGCAUCGUCUGGGCCGCCAUUGGCCUCUUUGCCCGGCUUCUCCGCAUGCCUAACCGAUGGAACUGGUCAAUGUUCCAGAAGCUCCACCAGGUACUCUAUGAUCAUGACUUUCCACGCAAUGGCAAAGCGAGCUUCGAAGCGCACUACGCGCGCGUGCGAGCCCUUGUGCCUGCAGAGAGGCUGCUCGAGUAUCACGUCAGCGAGGGGUGGGCGCCGCUGUGUGCCUUCCUGGGCCGACCAGUACCAGAGGACAACGAUACACCAUUCAUCAACAAGACGUCCGAGAUCAACGGUAAGCUUGCAAUUAUGCAUAUGGUGAAUUUGAAGUCUCAGGGCAAGAGAGUUCUCAACAUCUGUGUGUUUGCAGCUCUGACGUGGACGGUAGCCCGUACAUUGCUCCUUGUCAUGGAACGUCAUGACUUGAGCUUUCUAUGA